AAUACACACUAAAUACCGUCACCUACAGCAUCUACUCAAAGUGUUGCUUUGACGCAUCAAAAUUAUCACAAUCGUCUACUUACCCUCGUCGCGCAGAUCUCAUCCUCCUCCUCCUCCUCCUCUCUCCCACAUUUUUUCUCCCCUCCUCCCUCCCGCUUUCCCCAUCUUCUUCUUCCACCAGUCCAGUCCACUUCAACGAGUUGCCCGAGGAAGCCAGAGCGGUUGUCGCUGAAGCACUGCAGCACAAGGCAUCAUUCGUCCCCAGGAGGCGGACGACCACCGCCAACACGACCGCACACCAGCCCGUUCACCGACACACUGAAGCCUCCUCGCCUGUCGCCUCCACAACCUGCACAAUCUACGACCAAUCAAAUUGCUCAGCCAAUUACAGACUCCUAUCUUUGCCCCAACAACCACUCACAAUCUACGAGCCACUGCGUGCGUGCGCCAAUCACCACAAAAGUCCGUGCUCACCGCCGUGGCGCACUGAUAAGACCGCCGUGGUUGCACCCCCGCCCUGUCACUCUACUCGGCUCGAUAAGGUGCACAAAGACUCACCGCCGUGGCGCACUGAUAAGGCCGCCGUGGUUGCAACCCCGAGCCGUCACUCUACUCGGCCCGAUAAGGUGCACAAAGACUCACCGCCGUGGCGCACUGAUAAGACCGCCGUGGUUGCACCCCCCACCCACCCUCCAAGUCCGAAUACUCGGCCCGAAUCGGGAGGGGGGGUCCGAUUGUGA